AAGUCACAUCAUCUGUAAAACUGAACAUGACCCCGUUCAGAUCGGUCCUCAUUCAAAUUCAGAUAGUUGCCGUUCCAUUUCUGGCAGCCAUGAUCAUACUUUACAUCAUGGCUGCGACUAUGGAACCACCUUUGGCUGGACAUGGCGAUAAAGCUACAGACGAUAAUCUAUUGGAUGAAAACAAAUACGAUUAUCCAACUCUACUAGCUGGUAUUAUUAGAAACACGUUUCCAGAUGUAUUAGACAACAAGGAUGUGAUCUUUAUAUGCAAUGGACUUAUUAUUGGAUUGGAUAUCAUCCUUACUUCUGAAAAUUGUUUCAGAACCAUAGAUGGAUCAGUUAUAGGGGACAAUUACAGGGUGACUUCAGGAUCCAGAUAUUGGUCUCGCAUGAGAAAUAUACACAAUAUCGUUGAGUUCAAUGGAUUUGGAGAUGGAAACUUAACAGGUUUCAUGAUACUGCGAGUACAUCCACCCAUUAUGAAAGGGUGGAUCACUAAAGAAAACUACGUCAGGCUAGUAAAACCUCCAAACGAACCGGAACUAGAUUAUUUAGGUUGGACGUUUCCGAUUGCAGAAGCCAUGGAUGCCUUCAAAACGGAAAAAGGAUCCAUCGACAAGUGUAUAUUCUUUCACGGAGCAGUAGUCCUAACCAGUAAAGGUAAUAUAGUUGGUUUCCAGAGAAGAAACUGCAAUGAUAGUGAGAAGACCAAAGUAUUAAGUGGACCUUUUUUUGAACGAAUUGCGGACAAAAAACUAGGAUUUCCAGAUAAAAACAUUACAAACAGCACCAGAUAUUGUUUUCUUGAUCUUAACAAGACCGAAGAAAUACAUGAUGAACAUAUUAUACAUGAAUCAGGAUCAGAAAAUAUUGAAGCCCAAGAUCAGGAAGGUCGUUGAAGUCGCCUCAACACAAAUAGUAUUCUGGCAAUGAAAAUCCUGGAAUCAGCUCUUUAUGGGAUAUCCCACUCAUUUUUGAAGAUUCAGAUUUUUGGUUUUAGCGAAUGUUGGCUACUUUUAAGUGAAUCUCAAGAUACCGCAAAGGAGAUUUUCAUAUGCCCCAUGGUUUCUGAGAUACAGGGCGGAAUUGAAAAUGUUGUAUUCCAGAACUUACCAUAUCUCAGUUAUCUUUCAACUCAUAGGCCAAUUGAGAACUGUCCUUCAUGAUUUUUUUGAAUAGAAUCGAGUGGCGUAGUCAGAUUCACUGGGGAAACGAUCGAACACGAACGGUUAUCAAAUACUGAAUAAACUUCACAAAAAAAUUUCAUCGAAUAGGGGACAACCUAGCUGUCUUAUCAAUGCUAUUCAAUUCGUUUUGUUAUGACGACCAAAUAACAGUAACUAGAUAAUUUCAUGAAGCAUGUCUUGAAGGCUAUACCGUUGACGAAUUACGGUCAUUCAUCAAUGUGUGUUUGUUUUUUUUAUGUCCUGGUUCCUACGAAAAGGGAUAUCUUGUAAUGUUUAGGAAACAUCGUGAGAACCAAGGGAAGUAAGGUAGGAAUUGGUGUCCUUCUUGAAUUUCCGGAGGUUAUAUGCCUCGGGGAACACCUUCCUUGGGAAUGUGCUCCAGAGCCUCGCUGUUCGUUGAAUGAACGAGUCUUUGGAAAGAGAUGUUCAGCAGGUCCUCGAAGUGACCACGAAGAGGCGCGAAGCCUGUACUCGACGGGUUAGUCUCGCGGGGACGGCCAAUGGAGGAAUAAUUGUCAAAAUUUCAGAAAGCAUUGUCGAUGAAAAUAUCUAUAUAAUAGAGCCAGAUCGCCAACUUUUCUACGGUGUUCCAGAGAAGUGAGUGAGUUUGUGAGCGGGGCAUCACCCACGAGACCAAUUUACCUUUUUUGGAUAGAAUCUAACAGUUACAGGGUAUGUUCGGGUGAUGCACUCCAAAUAAGGGAACAGUAUUCCAGGACUGGUCGGAUCUGUGGCUUAUAGAUCAUGUAACUGUAAUUGGAGAGUACAUUCGCUAGUGUUCUCUGGAACCCAUAACAGGCAUUAAACGUCUGUAUUGAAAGGAUUAAUGACUAGUUAUUUCAAGUUAAUAGGCAAUCGAAUGAUUUUUCACCAAAUAAUUUCUUGAUUGGAAUUAAUCUAUUUGACACAAUUAUUUUUAGGAGCUCUGUCAGUGAAGAUUACGUCAAUCCAAAAACAUUCCGCAAUACUCUUGAAAACGAAGUGAACAGAAAAUGAUGUUGAAAAUACACUAUUUUCCACCCAUCAAAGCACUUUCAAUAUAUGGAAAACUUCACUUUUUCAAUAUAUUGAUUUCCGAUUUUUUUCUAUUCCUAUCAUAAUCCAGAAACAGAACUCACAACCGCUUUUAACAAAGCAAAUGCACGACGCACGAGUUUACAUACCGACUGGACCGACUCAAUUCUGAUAACUUUCACGAGGUACACGCGGAGUGUGCCAAUUUGCCGUGAAAGUUCUUGUUAUUUUUUUCCCAAGAAACAUUGUCAACGAUCGUUAUUCAUUCUCCCUAUAAGAUUAAUUUGAGUAGUUACGGUGAUAUGAUUAAAAUCUACUCGUCUGCGUCAGUUAUCAUAGGUUGAACAUUAUAUUGUUAUUAUACAAGGAAACUAAUGGUGUUAAUUGAUAUACUCCCAAUUAAACGUCUCUAUAGUUAUGGCAACUAGUCGUUGGGGCUAUUCUAAUACGUAUCAUGAGGAAAUAUGAUAAGAAAUUGAAUAACAGUCAUCAACUAAAACAUAACAAGAAAAUUCAAUGAGUGGUAUUUCCUCAAUGAAGCUAUCAUCAUUCAGAGAUAACCCAGAGUUGUGUUUUUCAAAUGAUAAACUUUGUACAUUGAAAAGAAAGCACUCAUUGAAUUUGCUUGUUAUGUCUGAGUUGAUGACUGUUAUUCAAUUUCUAAUCAUAUCCCCCGAGGCAUAUAACCUCCAGAAAUCCAAGAACAACACCAAUCCCUACUUUAUUUCCCUUGGUUCUUACGAUGUUCUCUGAACAUAACAGGAUAUCCCUUUUCGUGGGAACCAGAACAUGAAAAAAAGUUAGGUAUCAAAAUAGCGCCAAAGACUAGUUGCCAUUACUAGAGACGUUUUUUUGGGAGUAUAUCAAUUAACUCCAUCGGUCUUCUUGCAAUGCCAAUGAUGUCUGAACCUAUGGUAAUCAACGCAGUCAAGUGAAUUUUAAUCGUGUAACCGUAACUUGUCAUCGAAUUACUCUUAUAGGUGAAAUGAAUAACGAUCGUUAACGAAUGUUUCUCGAAUAAAAACGAACAAGAAUUUGCACCUAGUGACAGUUAUGAGAAUUAAGUCGGUAUAGUCAGUGUCCCUUGACGUGAAUUGACGUAUUCAUCAUCUAAAGUGUUUGUUAAACAGUUAUAUAGUUCCAUCUCUAUUCAUUUCUGGGGAUGAACACUAUAGAUUUCUGACAUUUGUUGUUUUUUAGGUUAUAUUUAGGGCAUUGGCGUACCAUUCGUGAUUUCCACAUGUAAUUUCUCAUUCAACUCUACAUAAUAUAAUAUCCAAAUGAUGAUGAUGAUUUUCGAGUUUUUGAUUUUUCAACUGCAUCAUAAUCUUUGUGAGGCAGUGAGCAAAUUUUUCUGGAAGUUUGAUACGUUUCACGAAAUGGGACUGCUCUAUCAAUAAAUGAAUUUUGAUUUCAGACUAAGCCUUAUGGUUGAGAAAUGGUGAAAAAUUUUAUGUAGGUAAUUUAACCAAUGUGCUCAUAUGAUAUGUGUGCUGUAUUUAUUCAUGUUGGGAAUUAUUUUCGCAGUUUCUUCACGAACAGUUAAUAUUUCCUGAAUGUAAGUAUAAUUUUUCGAAUGAUAGGGCAUAUGCCUCUUCCUUUAAUCCUCCGUUUUAUUCAGAACUGUUUCAACUGAAAUGCUAUCAAAAACUUGUAGAGUGGAUUAUUAUAGGCACAAUGAGGAAGUAUAAUAUGUGAUUUCGUAUUAGUUUCACCACGAAUAUUUUGAUGAUGUAUUUACCGAUUUUUCCCAUUCGGUCACUUCACUUUCCAUGUUCUUAGUGCAUUUGCAUUUGAUGGAAAGCUGACAAAUUCUAAUUUGCUAUUCAACUGAUUGAUACAGCCUUACGCAGCACAUGUUACCAUCCUCUGAAAACAGAAUUGAAUAAUGUCGUUUUAUGAUCAAGUAUGAAAUCAAAAUUUUGUAAGAUAUCUUUUAACGCCUAUGAAUGUGAUGUGACAGCAAUGUCAUGUCAGGGACGCCAAUACACGAAACCAAAGUCACUAGAUGAUGAAAAGAGAAAGGAGCUAUGAUCUGUCCGUUCCCUGUCAAAUGACAAAUACGUCAGUUUGUGCCGUGUAUUUCAUUUGUUAAAUACGGUUGUGAGUUCUGAUUCGGAUUUGUGAUCGAGUGAGGUUUCGAAAAACUAAUGGUUAGAAGUGUGGGAUCGAACGAGACAUUUGGGAGUCACAUGUCAAUUCGAAAUGUUGGAGUAAUUACAUUUUCAACCAAAUUUUCUCUUUCUGAAGUUCAAUUUUCACAUUUCCUUCCAUCCACAAAGUUCAGUUCAGUUCAGUUCUUCUCCGACUUCAUGACAACAUUCAUAUUUUUGUUGCAGCAAUUUAUCCUUACCUACACGUUGGGUAUGUAUAUAUGUCAGAUUGAUCAUUAAAUAACUAUAAAAAAUAAAUGAAAAUUAUAUAUUAUGAUCUAAUGGCAUGAAACCUCUAUAUCGAAAUAAAUGAUCACUCCAGAUAUUUCAAGUUGAUAAUCUAGUAAGUUUCUACCAAAUAAUUUUCCAGAAUAAAAAAAAUCUAUUUGGUAUAUUUAGUUUCCGAAGUUUUUAUUUAGUAAAGAGUUUAUUAUGAGAAAAACGAGUACUUUCAUUACCUUCGAGAUAAAAAAUAAUCGGAAAUUAAUAUAUUGGAAAAGUGAAAUUUUUCAUACUUCGAACGUGCUUCGAUGGGUGAAAAAUAGUGUAUUUUUGACAUAUGAUUUUCUCGAUACUCCGAUUCAUAGAGUAUCUCGAAGAUUUUUUUAAUGGAUGUAAUUUUCACUUACUGGGCUCCAGGAAAUAAAUAUCCAAAAUAGAUUAUUUUAAAUCUGGAAUAUUAUUUGGUGAAGAAAUAUUCGAUUAUCAACUUGAAAUAACAAGAGUCAUUGAUUAUUUCAAUACUGAGGUAUUAUGCCUGUUAUAGGUUACGGAAAAUAACAGCCAAUGUACUCUCUAAUUAUAGUAACACACAUUGAUGAAUGACCGUACUUCGUCCACGGUGUAGCCUUCAAGUCAUGCUUUAUUAAAUUAUCUAGUAACUGUUAUUUUCAAUAACCGUUAUUCGAUUUUGUUCUCAUCAGUGUUUAAUUUUCCAUGUUUGGAACAUUAUUCAAGAAUACAUAGCACAUAUAAGAUAUUUCAGGUAUUAUCCUCGAAUUUAGUUGAUUUCCAGUUUUCUACUAGAUUUCUUAUUGAUGGGCCUAGAAGAUAUAUCUGGCAACAUUUAUUUUUCCAUAUCACGAAUCUCCAUAUUGACUUUGAUAGUGACAGUGUUUCGUCACAUACUAGUUUCGAGUUUGAAAACAAUCAACAAUUACCAAAAUUCAGCAAUAUUUAUCGACUAUAAAAAAUGUGGACCUAAUUAGUAUGGGUAGGUAACUAUGAAAAAACAGCGUGUGCAGAUUGUUUUAUAUUUCUUGUCACCGACCUGUCGGAGUUUAGACAUUUCUCGUACAAAUUGAAUCCUUGAGUAAUCAAAUGUAUGAGAGGCACGUUUUACUUUUCCUAUCAGGUGAUAGAUAACUGAGAUACAGGGGUAUCCCAAAAUGCAACAUUUUGAAUUUCACCCUGUAUCUGAAAAACGAAGCGGGCUAUGAACAUGUUGUUUGCGGUAUCGUGAGUUCCAGAGAAAAAAGUCAUCGUUAGCGAAAUUCACAGAUCAGUAUCAUUGUGAGUUGUCAUUAUAUUAUUACUUAGUAAGUUAGAAUCGUUGAACUUCAAUAA